GUGAGUAUCAGAGAAUAUAGACAGACAUCAAGACUUUCCAUCGGGCGACAGAGAGCUUAUAUAUUUUUAAACGAUUCGGCGGCCAAUUACACUUAUUUGGCACUAAGAGGAGAAUUCGCGGCUAUAUGAUAGAAACACACAAACUGCUGGAUUGACUCGAGAAUCUUGAGUUUUCCCAAUUCUUCCAGCUGUCCAAGAGAAGACACCAUUCUCAGGGGACACAGCCUAAGUUGAGUAGGCCUAGGCACAGAACACUCAAGAGAGGGAAGUUCUUUAAUGCAAGGGUAGUGAAUAAGUGGAGCAGCUUGCCUGGAGAAGUUAUAUCCAGCGUCAAUACUUUAAAAAAUCAGUACGAUAGAAUGGAAGAACAGUGAGAAGAGGCACCUUAUGAACAAAGCUCCCUAGUCUCUUUACUAUCACCAGGUAAGCAAUCACCAGGUAAGCAAUCACCAGGUAAGCAAUCAACAGGUAAGCCAGCCGCCAACACCAACAGACUCACUGAUUGGAGCAAGGAAGAAAAGGAGCUGCCUGGUUACAGUGGAGCCCCAGCUGAUGGAAUUCAACUAAGUGUAAGUUAACGCUCCAUGCUGUUGAAAUAGGUAAGCUAGUGUAUGAAUCAUUUCUUUCCUCUGUGCAGCUGCGUCAGUGUCCCCGUGAGCCAUGGCGGGCUGCAACGUACGAGAGGCCAAGAAGACUGAUGCUGGAAACGUUUAUAAGCUGAUGCAGCAACACGCAGCCGAGCACAACACAGUUCUUCCAGCCCACUUGACGUUGGAGGCGUUGGAGGAGGGCGGUUGGGGUCCAUCAGCCGUGUUUCUGGCGUGCGUGGCAGAGCGUGAGGGAGGCACCGAGGGGGAGCUUCAAGGCUACGUCCUGGCCCACCGCACAUACUCAACAUGGGAGGGUCGCGCCAUGUGUAUAAGGGAGGUCUUUGUCAUCCCUGCGGCCCAUCAGUCAGGUGUGGCCAGACAGCUGUGCAGGAGGUUGCUUCAGGCUGCCUUGGACCUGGGUUGUGCUCGCUGUGAUGUGCUGCUGGACAAAGGGAACAAGGUGGGUGUGACCUUAUUCGAGAAGCUUGGGGCACAGAAUCUUACUGAGGCUGAGGAUUGGCAUUUCUUCUCCAUGGAUAAGAAGGCCAUGGAAAAGAUGGAGGCAGGUUCCAAGGCUCCAGAACCAGUUAGAGUGCGCCCAGCCAGCCCCAAAGACUUCCCGGGUAUAAGGACCAUGAUACAAGAGUUGGCAGACUAUGAGAAGAUGCCUGAAGGUCCCAAGAUUGAUGCCAACACAAUGCUCACAGACUCCUCACCACUCGGCCACUUCUUCGAGAGCUUUGUGGCGGAGAGCAACGAAAGCUUACUUGGCUACAUGCUGCUCUACCACACCUUCUCCUCCAAGGGCCGAGGGAUAUACAUGGAGGACCUGUACGUGAGGCCAGACCACCGCCACCAAGGCCUCGGAUCAGCCCUCAUGGCCCAGGCAGCUCAACGUGGCCUUACUCUAGGGGCCAGUUACCUCCAGUUCAGUGUCCUCGGCUGGAACACACCGAGCAUUGGCUUCUACCUCCUCAAGGGUGCCACCGACCUCACUGCCGGGCAAGGCAUUCAAGUGUACCGCUUUGUGGAGGCUGCCAUGAGGAAAUGUGUCGAGAAAUACUGCAUCAGUGUCCCCGUGAACCAUGGCAGGCUGCAGCCAUUGGAGGAGGGCGGUUGGGGUCCAUCAGCCGUGUUUCUGGCAUUUGUGACGGAGGGUGAGGGAGCCACCAAGGGGGAGCUUCAAGGCUUCAUCCUGGGCCACCGCAUGUACUCUCCAUGGGAGGGUCGUGCCAUGUAUAUCAGGGAGGUCUUUGUGAUCCCUGCGGCCCGUCAGUCAGGUGUGGCCGAGCAGCUGUGCAGGAGGUUGCUUCAGACUGCCUUGGACCUGGGUUGUGCUCACUGUGACCUGGUGCUGGACAAGGCAAACAAGGGAGGUGUGAGCCUGUUCAAGAAGCUUGGGGCCAAGAAUCUUACCGAGGCAGAGGAUUGGCAUUUCUUCUCCAUGGAUAAGAAAGCCAUGGAAAAUAUGCAGGCAGGUUCCAAAGGCAAAGAACCAAUUAGAGUGCACCCAGGUAGCCCCAAAGACUUCCCAGGUAUAACGACCAUGAUCCAAGAGCUGGCAGACUUUGAGAAGAUGCCUGAAUGUCCCAAGCUUAAUGCCAACACAAUGCUCACAGACUCCUCACCGCUCGGCCUCUUCUUCGAGAGCUUCGUGGCAGAGAGCAACGAAAGCUUACUUGGCUACAUGCUGCUCUACCACACCUUCUCCUCCAAGGGCCGAGGGAUAUACUUGGAGGACCUGUACGUGAGGCCGGACUACCGCCAGUAUGGCCUUGGAUCAGCCUUCAUGGCCCAGGUGGCUCAACGCGGCCUUACUCUAGGGGCCAGCUACCUCCAGUUUGUUGUCCUCGGCUGGAACACUUCAAGCAUUGACUUCUACCUUCGAAAGGGCGCCACCGACCUCACAGCCAGCCGGGGCAUUCACUUGUACCGCUUUGUGGAGGCUGCCAUGAGGAAAUGUGUCAAGAAAUAGUAGUAAAACAUUUAGUAAGAUUGAAGGGCAUUUAUAAGAAAGUUGGAAAGGUGUGUGGAGUGUGUGUUUACAGGUUUUGUAUGAGGAAAUGUGUUGAGAAAUAGUAAUGAAAGAUUUAAUAAGAGUGAAGAGCAUUAGGAGUCUGCAUGAGGGAAGGUGAGGUUAGGUUAGGUUGUUGCGUGUGAUUUAAGCUUUUGUAUGAGGAAAUGUGUUGAGUACUAAUAGUAAUGAGAGAUUUAAUAAGAGUGAAGAACAUAAGGAGUCUGCAAGAGGGAAAGUGAGGUUAGGUUAGGUUGUUGGAUGUGUUUAUAGGUCUUGUAUGAGGAAAUGUGUUGAGAAAUAGUAAUGAGAGAUUUAAAAAGAGCGAAGAACAUAAGGAGUCUGCAAGAAGGAAGGUAAGGUUAGGUUACGUUGUUGGAUGUGUAUUUUGUAUGGGGAAAUGUGUUAAGGAAUAGAAAAGAGAGAUUUAAUAAGAACAUAAGGAGUCUGCAAGAGGAAAGGUGAGGUUAGGUUAGGUUGUUGGGUGUGUUUAAAGCUUUUGUAUGAGGAAAUGUGUCAAGAAAUAGUAAUGAGGAGUCUGCAAGAGGGAAGGUUAGGUUAGGUUAAUUAGGUUGUUGGAUUUGAUGAUACCUUUUGUACGAGGAAAUGUGUUGCGAAAUUAUCAGAAAUAGUAAUUAGAGAUUUAAUAAGAGUGAAGAACAUUAGGAGUCUGCAAGAGGAAGGAGUGUUUUUAUAUAAAGUUUGAGAGGUGUUGAGUGUGCCUAUACCUUCUGUUAUCUUUACGUAAAUACAAAAAGGAUUUAUG